AUGGCCAACAAAUCCAUCGACGAUCUCCCGAAGUGGGCAACAAGAGAUUUUUUCGAGGGAAUUCUACAGAACUAUUCUUCGGGCAAAAUUGCCCACAAAUUACUAUCGUACGACGUAAAAACUUCACAAAGCGCCGGCUAUGCUAGUGAUAUGUUUUUUGGUCAAAUUCACUACAAAGAAGACUCUGUCGAGGCACAAGGUCAACUUCUUUCCAUCAUCAUAAAGGUGAAGCCCGAAAGUGAAAUGAGGCGAAUUGUACUCGACAAAAUGUACACUCGAGAGAUUAUCAUUUAUCGGGAUGUGUUGCCGAAGAUUGCAGCUUUGCUCACCGAAGUCAGUAUCAGCACAGAAAUUUCACCACGAUGUUUAAUGACUCAAAAUGACGCCACUGCCACUCUAUUGGCUCUGGAGAACUUAUCAAUGCCCCCUAUGGCUUAUCAGUCGACUGAUAGACAAAAAGGAUUGGAUUUCCAACAGACGAUGAGCAUCUUGGGAAAACUGGCCACGUUUCAUGCGUGUUCCAUUGUCAUCAAUGAGAGGCAUCCCGAACUAUUUACACCAUUCCACGACCCUACAAUAUCCCACCAUCCAGACCAAGAGAAAUUCGUGAUAUUUUUCCGCGUUGGCGUCCAAGGUCUUCACGAUGAAGUCUCAACGUGGGAAGGUCACGAGGAGAUGACAAAAAAAUUGGCCAAAUUGCAAACAACAAUUGUGGACAAAGGUGUGGAAAUAUACAAAUGGCACAAAAACACCUUUAAUGUGCUCAUCCAUAAUGAUGUAUGGACGAGCAACUUGAUAUUCAAACGGCAUAAAGACGGCGCAAUCAGCGACUCUCGCCUCCUUGACUACCAACUCUGCAAUUGGGGCUCGCCCGGCAUCGACUUGAACUUCCUCCUCUUCGGCUCCGUUCAAGAUCAUGUGCGUCGCAACAGGUGGCCCGAAUUGGCUCAACACUACCACUCGGUGGUGCAGAAAAUCCUCACGAAACUCGAGUACAGUGGAAAAAUUCCCACACUUGCAGACAUUCUCAGUGAAGUAGCGAGAACUGCCUUUCAUGGUGUUAACGCAGCACUUUGUCUCAGACCAAUGGCAAUAAUGCCGCCCAGAGCAGACACGCACAUGGAGACUUUCCUCAGUGACUCUGCAGAAGGUGUUGCUUUCCGAAAGCACGUUUACGGCAAUCCCGAAUACAGAGCAUUCGUGGAGCCUCUGCUCCAAGAAUUCGACCAAAAAGGAUACUUCGAUUGAAUGGACCAAAAGAAAUCAUUGUAUGGUAUGCAAAUUAUAUAAAUACAUAUUAUAUUAUACAUCACAGUUGAUUGUGUUCCCAUAUUUUAAUGAUAAUUUUUCUGAUACUUGUCUGUCAGUUUAAAUAACAACAUUUAUAAUAAUCAUGCAAAAAGAU